UUUCAGCAUCUGCAUUCAGUUGAUCGAAAGAAUUCAGUUAUUAACAAGCUAAAUUAGCUUUUCAGUUUUUAUCAACAGCAAUUUGCUCAUCACAAAAAUAUUAAUUAUUCCUGAAGUUAUUCUUUAUAGAAAAAAUGUGCCAUACAAAAGUGUUUGUUCUGUUCGCCUUAAUUGCUGCUACACACUCAUAUGUACUUUACGACGAAUCGUACAAUCAACAACAACUGGCUGAUGAAAGAAAAUACUUUCACGACAUGUAUCAAUACAGACAUCCGGAACCCCUUUACGUUCAAGAGGAACCUAAUGCAGUGCAAACUCAUCCUAGACAGAAACGACAAGAUCGUGGAUCAGUUACAACAACCGUUGAACGCAAUCGUCAAGCUGGAACAAAUGUAAAUGUUGAUGCACAAGCACGAUUGUGGCAAAGUCAAAAUCGCCAGUCAACACUCGAUGCUAAUGCGAAUUAUCAACGGAAUUUUGGCGGACAGUUUGGCACAGGAAGACCAAACUACGGCGCUGGGUUAACUUUCAGACAUCGAUUUUAAGUGCUGGAGAUUAUACGUGAUUUAGGAGAUUGUAAAUUGUUUUUGUUAAAUAAAAGAAAGAUUUAAUU